CAGCAGCAGCGUGCUAACAGACCGGUAAAGAAACGCUAAAGUGAUCUUCAAGAAAAUCUAAAGACAUUAAAUCAAGCAAGCUGAUCUGCUAGUAAGAACAUUUAUCUCAAUGCAAGCUUCCAAAAAUCCAGUAAUGAGCCAACGCGGUCUGCGGUCAUGUGGCCUGUCGUGUGGACGGCGAUGCGGACCUACGCCCCGUACGUCACCUUCCCCGUGGCUUUUGUGGUCGGAGCAGUGGGCUACCACCUCGAGUGGUUCAUCAGAGGGACCCCCAAGCCCCGGGAGGAUGAAAAGGGCAUCCUAGAACUGAGGGAGGAGAGGAAGUUGCAGGAACAAGUGGGUAUGGACAGCACCCAGGUGCUCAGCCUCAAAGAGAAGCUAGAAUUCACGCCAAAAGCGGCUCUGAACAGAAACCGAUCUGAGAAGAGCUAACCUCCUGUUGGUGUGAUAGACUUGCAUUUGCCUUUAUUUCACUGGAAGUGAAAAGGAAGGCAGAAAUGACCCGCUCUUCAUGUCCACUUAAGUCGUAUGUUCUCACUCAAGACUGCUGGAUCGUGACUGGACCCUUAAUAGUAGCUGAAACAUUUAUUCUUGAUUGAACUUUUUGCUGCAUGAGAUUCCCCAACAAGCACCUUGACGAUGCUCAUGCUCGCAUGUGGAUCAAUCAUUUAGCCAAAGGAAAACAUCUACGUGGGACCUGUCUGUGUUUUGCCUUUAAUCUGAUCAGCAGUUCUAAUGUGACGUCGUUUUAUCAGAAAAUCUAUCAAUCCAGUUGUGAUUUUGCUUUAACUUCCCUCCAAUCUGAAGUGUGAUUUCAUUAAAAUGAUGGUACUGUUAGAGACCUGUCAGUCAUCUCCCCUUGGAAUCCUUCUGUACAUAAACACAGGUCUUUGAUCGUCGACAUAAAAGUGGAGAAUAAAGGGUCUUUGUUGUGGUUCUUUUUAUCUGGUGGAACCUGUGAUGGUAUGUGACUAAAUCAGGCCGCAGUGUGGGAGGUCUCUCAGGAAGCUUAAGCUGCUUAGCCGUUUGCUUCGGAUCAUACAACUUUCAGAAAGUCUCACUGCACUUUGAGUGAACCAAUAUGUUUUACUGAAAGAGUCAAAUAAAGGAAAAUGAUGUUUGUAUGUUGAACGUGUGUAC